AUGCGUCAGGAGCGUUUUUACGGAGAGGUGCAGACAUGGGAAAUGGAUGUUGAGAACAAGUGCUCCAACAAUGGGCUGGGUAUUAUGCCAAAGUCAUUCCGCAUCUUUACAAAGGCAGCCAAAAAUGCGAUUCACUCGAGCUAUUGUAGUCGGUUUAGAGGACAUCCUCACCGGCUGAAUGGUUUGGCUGUGGCAGCAUUAGGCUCACGCCCAAUUGUUCUGUGGAUGGGGAUCGCCGCCACUCGCCUUUUGUCGCAUUUGGCCGCUCAGUCCUCUUGCCAGAUUAGUCUAACAACUAGCAAGUACAUUCAACAAACUCUGUAA